CUGGACUCCACGGAUUUGUACUGUACCAACAUUCGAGGUUCCCAUCGAGUAAAAGAUUGCAUCACAGGUCGGGCUCUAGAGGUUGUGAUAGGCCUCUUAGGGCACCGCCGCUUAUGUGAGGUAUGCCAUGAGCAGCAUCCCUUCUUUACCGAGGGCAACUUCCCAUGCUAUUUUCCAUUACUCCAUUCUGAACCUGCGAGAUUUGAGAUGGACAAAAUGAAAUACUCGAUUUUACCUUACGACUCGUGCCUAGUCGAAGAGCAUAAUACAAACUGGGGCUCUCCCAAACAGACCGGAUCAGCAUUCGAUUUCAGAAGCGAUGUUAUCACUACUCCCUCUGUGAACAUGCUCCGCGCCAUUACCCGAACUACCUUGAAUGACGAUGUUUAUGGCGAAGACAACACGACCAUGAAGUUCGAGCAAGAGAUAGCCAAUCUCUGCCACCACGAAACCGCUGCCUUCGUCAUCUCUGGGACCAUGGCGAACCAGCUAGCUCUGCGAUCCCUGCUAUGGCAGCCUCCCCAUGCUAUUCUUGCGGACGCAGAUGCACAUAUAGUCAACUGGGAAGCAGGCGGAAUUGCCCACUUAUCUGGGGCGAUGUUGCAAGCAGUACGACCGCACAACGGGAUGUAUCUGACAUUGGAAGAUGUUCAAAAAUACGCCGUCUUGUCAGAUGACGUCCACAAAUGUCCCACACGGAUUGUGAGCAUUGAAAAUACCUCAAAUGGGAACAUAGUUCCGUUGGAAGAACUGCGCAGAGUCAAAAGCUGGGCAGAGAGUGUUGGAGUAUACGUGCAUAUCGAUGGUGCAAGAUUAUGGGAAGCCAUUUCGGCAGGGGCCGGUACCGUUGCAGAGUUUGCCCAAUGCUCUGACGUGGUGACCCUCGACUUUAGCAAGGGUCUCUGUGCGCCAAUGGGCGCUAUGGUUGUCGGGUCCGCAAAAUUGAUCAAACGUCUGCAUCGGAUCCGCAAGAGCAUUGGUGGCGGCAUGCGCCAAUCUGGUGUCCUUGCAGCAGCAGCAAGGCAAGCGCUCCUGGAGAACUUUGGCAUGGGCCAGCGGGAUUUGAGAGGAGUGUUAAAGAAAAGCCACAAGUUAGCCACAAUAAUUGGGAAGCUAUGGGCUGAGAACGGAGGCAAAUUGCUCAGGCCCGUGGAGACAAAUAUAGUAUGGCUAGACUUAGAUGCCUCCAAUGUGACAGACAAGGAGUGGAACGAAGCCGGCGAAAGACAGGGUAUCAGAUUGAUGGGUAAAAGAGUUGUCACGCAUUACCAAAUAUGUGAGGAGGCUCUAUCGACUUUGCAGGCUGUCAUUGUUGACGUUCUCACAAACAAGAAACGAGAAGGCGCCAGCGUGAAGACUUCGCGCAUAGCAAAGCUUUAGGAGGAUGGAACCUUGGCUCACCUUUUACGUGCUCGCAAAUCCCAUCUGUAGUAGUCAACAUGCA